AAUGGGGUCUCUAAUGGCCUCGGUUACGCUUACCCUUGUGUUAACAAUAAUCUCUAUCACCUUGCCAUCUCAAAUAUCAGCAGAUAACUACAUCUAUUCAUCUCCACCACCACCACCAAAGCCUUACUACUACCACUCUCCACCACCACCAGUGCACUCUCCUCCUCCUCCUUACCAUUACUCUUCACCACCACCACCCCCCAUAAAGCCCUACAAGUACCCAUCACCUCCACCACCAGUUUACAAGUAUAAGUCCCCUCCUCCUCCUUAUAAGUACCCAUCUCCACCACCCCCGCCAUACAAGUAUCCAUCUCCACCACCCCCAGUUUACAAGUACAAGUCUCCACCACCACCAUCACCAAAGAAGCCAUACAAGUAUCCAUCUCCACCACCACCAGUAUACAAGUACAAGUCUCCUCCUCCUCCCUACAAAUACCCUUCACCGCCUCCACCACCACCAGUUUACAAAUACAAAUCCCCUCCUCCACCACCUAAACAACCAUACAAGUAUCCAUCUCCUCCACCACCAGUUUACAAGUACAAGUCUCCUCCUCCUCCCUACAAGUACCCUUCACCCCCUCCACCACCAUACAAGUACCCAUCUCCACCACCCCCAGUUUACAAGUAUAAGUCUCCACCACCACCAGUUUACAAAUACAAAUCUCCACCACCACCAGUUUACAAGUACAAGUCUCCUCCACCACCAGCAAAGAAACCUUACAAGUAUCCAUCUCCACCACCACCAGUAUACAAAUACAAAUCUCCUCCUCCUCCAUAUAAGUACCCCUCACCUCCUCCUCCACCAUACAAGUACCCGUCUCCACCACCCCCAGUUUACAAGUACCAAUCUCCACCACCACCAGUCUACAAGUACAAAUCACCACCACCACCAGUUUACAAGUACAAAUCUCCUCCACCACCACCAAAGAAACCCUACAAGUACCCAUCUCCACCACCCCCAGUUUACAAGUACCAAUCUCCACCACCACCAGUCUACAAGUACAAAUCACCACCACCACCAAUUUACAAGUACAAAUCUCCUCCACCACCACCAAAGAAACCCUACAAGUACCCAUCACCUCCACCCCCAGUUUAUAAGUAUAAAUCUCCUCCUCCUCCUGUUCAUUCACCACCACCACCACACUACAUUUAUGCAUCACCUCCUCCUCCAGUCCAUUCCCCACCUCCACCACACUACAUCUAUUCAUCACCUCCUCCUCCUUACCACUACUAGAUAGUGGUUUAGCGUAGCAUCUCAUGGAUUUGACGAAUAUGUGAGAAUAAAGAAAGAUGUGGACAGCAGGAAGAUGCACUUCGCAAUUACCCAAGGAAAACAACGGAAGCAAAGUUUCCGCACGUUUUGUCUUUCAAAGAAAAUGAAGUGUCACUCCUUUUCUUGUCGUUUGUUUAGUUUAUGAAUUACUGUUGUGUAUUUAGACAGCUGUAAGCCACUGCUUCGCUCUUCUGUCAUUCAAUAUCACAUU